UGAGCGCGCCCGCGCGUGCGCGUGCGGUGGCGGAGCUGAGGGGAAAGUUGCGGUCGCCCCAGUCGAGCGGUGGCCGCCGGAGCGGAGCGAGGCGACGGCAACAUGGACGACCUGGAUGCAUUGCUAGCAGACUUGGAAUCCACUACCUCCCACAUCUCCAAGCGGCCAGUCUUCCUGUCAGAGGAAACAUCUUACUCAUAUCCAACUGGAAAUCAUACAUACCAAGAAAUCACUAUACCUCCUCCGGUACCUCCCCCUCCUUCCAAUGAGGCCUUGAAUGGGACUGUAAGUGACCCUUUAGAUCCGUGGCAACCCAGCAUCUCCAGAAAUAUUCAGCAGCAGCCGGAGUCUCAGUCUCCCGUGUUCAGCACCAGUGCCUCUGUAUCCCGAGUCAUCUCUCCUCAUGCAAGUGAAGAGGAACACGUCUACAGUUUCCCCAACAAGCCGAAGUCUGCAGAACCAUCUCCCACCCUCAUGAGUUCUUCAUUGGGCAAUAAUCUAUCAGAACUGGACCGACUGUUACUGGAACUCAAUGCUGUUCAGCACAAUCCUCCUGGGGGCUACCCAGCAGACGAAGCCACCAGGAGCCCCUCAGUGCCUGGUGGGGCUGGCACUCACUAUGGCAUCUCAGAGAACACUACCUCUUUGAACACGCAGCCAGCAGCACCUGCAAAAGAGAAACCCAAGCGGAAUGGGGGGCAGACCGUUGAGGAUGUGUGUCCCAGUGUAGAGAGCCUUUUAGACGAGCUGGAGAGCUCUGUGCCCAGUCCCGUCCCAGCCAUCACUGUGAAUCAGGGAGAGAUGAGCAGUCCCCAGCGGGUCACCUCCAGCCAGCAACAGACUCGGAUAUCUGCCUCGUCGGCAACAAGAGAGCUGGAUGAGCUAAUGGCUUCUCUUUCAGACUUCAAGUUCAUGUCCCAAGGGAAAGGUGGGAAUAGCUGCCCGUCCUCGACUCCUCCGAAGCCUGGCAGCCAGCUGGACAGCAUGCUUGGCAGCCUCCAGUCAGACCUGAACAAGCUCGGCGUGGCAACCGUUGCCAAAGGAGUAUGUGGUGCCUGCAGGAAACCAAUCGCUGGGCAGGUGGUCACCGCCAUGGGGAAGACGUGGCAUCCUGAGCACUUCGUCUGCACCCAUUGCCAGGAGGAGAUUGGAUCGCGGAACUUCUUCGAGCGUGAUGGGCAGCCCUACUGCGAGAAGGACUAUCACAACCUCUUUUCCCCUCGUUGCUACUACUGCAACGGUCCAAUCCUGGAUAAAGUGGUCACAGCGUUGGACAGGACAUGGCACCCGGAGCACUUCUUCUGUGCUCAGUGUGGUGCCUUCUUCGGCCCAGAAGGCUUUCACGAGAAGGACGGGAAGGCCUACUGUCGCAAGGAUUACUUCGACAUGUUCGCUCCCAAGUGCGGAGGCUGUGCCCGUGCCAUCCUGGAAAACUACAUUUCUGCCUUGAACACGCUCUGGCACCCGGAGUGUUUUGUCUGCCGGGAAUGCUUCACUCCAUUCAUCAACGGCAGCUUCUUCGAACACGACGGGCAGCCCUACUGUGAGGUGCAUUACCACGAGCGCCGCGGCUCGCUCUGCUCCGGCUGCCAGAAGCCCAUCACGGGGCGCUGCAUCACCGCCAUGGCCAAGAAGUUUCACCCGGAACACUUUGUCUGCGCCUUCUGCCUCAAGCAGCUCAACAAGGGCACCUUCAAGGAGCAGAAUGACAAGCCCUACUGCCAGAACUGCUUCCUGAAGCUCUUCUGCUGAGACCAGACUCCGCGUCCUCCUGCUGUUCUCCGGGAUGCCCUGCCUCUUGGGACACUGCCGCAACCCAGCGACCUUUGUGAGCUGACCGAGGAGAAGUGGAGGGGUGUGUGCAUUUGCGUGUGAGCGUGUGAAUGGUGCCUGCCGCAGGGCAGAGCGGGAUGCUUCGAGGUGGCGAAUCCGGAGAAACGGACCAUGCGGUCAGAAGCGGUCCUUCAGCAGGGAGAUGCCGAGGUUGUCAUUAGUGUCCCGGAUUGACAGCUGAGCCAGGCCGGGGAGGGUGGGUCGUGGGUGGAGGGUGAGAGCUCUGUUUGGGAAGGUGCUGGAUGGCAACCACUAUUGGCUGCGUGCUGCAUCUUGGCAGGAAAGGUUCAGGCAGCCCGGCAGAAGUGGCUUCAGCUUGGGGAAAGGGGACGAACCCUGUCCUCCUCGGGAGCACUCAGUGGCCCAGAGGGCUGGCAAGAGGUGUCCUGGGGACCCACCACUGGGGCCAUUUCAAUCGGUGCUGCUUUCUCAGGAUACCGACCUGCGCAAGAUUCAUGCAGCCACGUAAGCAGCCAUUCUGCCUUCUCCCCUGUCCAUGUUCCUGUUCCUUUAACACGGCAGGCAGUGCUGGGAACGUUCCCAGCCUCACUCACACCACCGUGGGUGUGAACAGGGGGCUUCCUCGCCUGUCUACUUCAGAAGGGCUCUUUCUGAGAUGCCGUAGUCUCCAAAUGCAAGCGUUCUUGGUGGGGUUGGGGAAAUAGUACUUUUGUGAGAAAAUCCAGAUAAGCUGGUCAUUCCAGCCCUUCCAGAGCAAAGAUGUGAAAGCACGGAUAUAACGCUUUCUUACUCUUUCUCUUACCCCUGUCCACAAGUCCAUCUCUUGCUGUCAUUAAACAUGUCCUAGGGAGACGGAUGUCUGAGCAAUAAUUUUUCUAUUUUCGGAAAUGCCUCGGUGCACUCUCUCUCUAUGGCGGUUGUGUGAGAGGCUGUGGCUUUUGCAAUCAAACCGAAUACUGUGUGUUUGGGUGGAGGUGUUAGUUUCUAUGUGGAUUCAUAGCUGAACAACUUCUAAAUCUCUUAUAUGGAAAUUUUAGUUUUUUUGAAAUAACUUUCAACAGAUGACUUUCAUAUUCUGAUGGUUCUGGGCAGGCCCUGAUCGUGUCGGUUCCUGCAUCUAUAGCCUUGAUGCUUUGCUAAACACAACUAUUCACAUGAUAAGUAUUUUUAAAACUGGGGUUAGGGUGGGAGAUGGGAAAUAUGCAAGGAGUGCGUGUGUGAUGAUUAUUAAUGGCUUAUUAAGUAGCUUUUCUAUUGAUCAAAGCUCAACUGGAACAGUUUUUUGUAAACUUGUAAACUGCUGUAUUUGAAAUUAUUUGUCUUUUGCUCAAAGCUGGAAUUUCAGGAUUUUCAAGUCUUCAUUUACUUCUACAGGGAGAAAGUGCUCCUAUGUAACCCAUUUCGUAUCAGGCUUCGUAAUCUAUUUCAGAAGCUGAUACUGGGCCCUGGGCAUUGCUCUGCCGCACGAGGUUAACACGGUGAUACGCAGCCUUUUUUCCCUUGUCUUCUCUGCAAGUAUAUUGGGCUGGCCCCGCCGUUAGGCAGACGGAGGGGGCUGCCUCAGAGCGGAGCAGGGGGCGAGAUGCUAGAGGACUCCGCUUGCCCUGUGCCGGCUAAGCUGCCCCGCUGCUCAGGGGUGCAGAAGAGGCAGCCCAUCGUGAACGAAGCUUCAACUCGCGGUCGAGUUGGCUUCUGCGGGGGGGGGGGGGGGGCACCGCCUUGUCCUUCACCUCAGACAAGCAGGGUGCCUUGAGCUAGCCCUGCAAGCAUGCCGUGACUCGGCCGUGCAGCGUGGAGCACUGCCGCACUGUGCGUACCAAUGCGUACGUGCGUCUGCACAUGUGUGUGCCCUGCAGCCUUUUCCCCCUCUCGCCUCCUGAGCCAGGCGUCGGGCGGCUGCAUGGAGAGGCACGCGGAAAUGCAGCCCUGGCUCUGCCUCCCAGGGCAGCCAACGGUGCCUCACGUAACCGCACCGAGCACCCACAUGUCUUAAUUCGGAGGGGGUGCCAGGCAAGUGAUACGCUUUGAGUGAGCUCCUCUCCCCCUUUCCAGAGGAGCCACGGUUCUAAAAGCGUUUGGCUGUGAGUGUGACUUUCUGUGACCAAGUGUCUCUGCAAACUGGGAAUUGUAUUCCUGGCCCAUUUCGUGUGGGGCGGAAGAUGAGGACGUGAUCCUACACAGAAGGCCUGCCAGUCGUUGAAGAGACUCCAGAGCGCCUGUGUCAGGUGGGCCAGCUGCAGGUCCAAGUUGCAGUCCUUCGAAGGUGUUCAGCCUGGUCGCUGCAGACACGCCUUUGUCUGCGGGGUUCGGUGAAGUUGUGCCUUUGCAGGCCGGGGGAGUGUGAUCUAGCUCUUUAACAAAAGGAAGCAGGUGCCGCUGUUGCAACUUCAUGAAAGGGCCUGGUGGACGUUGUAGUGGGGUGCUGAAGGUGUUUUCUGUUUGGAAAAAUCCUCUCUCCCCCUGCCUCUGUGCUAACAUAGCUUUGACAUUUUAGGCUCUGGGUUUUUCUCUCUUUUCUUUUCUUUUUUUUUUGGUUUGACUCUUUAAGUGCAUCUGAAUGAAGUGGGUCUCAAUUAAAGCUUGUUUUUCUUCUGGGAAGGAGAAGGGGGAGAAUCGCCUGUGGAAUGACAUUUCUCUCCCCCUCCUCAUGUUCCCUUUUGUAAGCGUUUAAUUUUGCUGCCCCCACCCUCUUUUUUAAAAUUCCUGUGAUGAUGCUAAUAAAAUUUUAUGAUAAUUUUCA